AUGGCACAAAUGAGUCUUCCCCAAGGAUUCAGAUUCCACCCAACUGACGAGGAACUUGUUGAUUACUAUCUAAAUAGGAAAAUAACAGGCCGUGUGAUCGAGCUUGAAAUCAUCCCAGAGGUUAAUCUCUACAAAUACAAGUCAUAUUUACCUGGGAAAGAUAUGGAAUGGUACUUCUACAGCCCAACGGAUAGGAAAUACCCAAACGGAUCGAGGACUAACCGGGCAACCAAAACCGGUUACUGGAAAGCCAACAGAAAAGAUCGGGUGGUGCAGUCGGAAAGGCGGCGGGUGGGGAUGAAGAAAACACUGAUUGCCCGAUUAGUCCUCCGUCGUGGAACAAAAUAUUGA